UAGGAAGACAUUUAGGGGCGUGAACAUAUUUCCUGCACUUGAUAUUUUGUUGUUGAGAAACUUCAGCGCGUUCAGGAGUCGGCUACAUUGUCAAGGAGCGCUGACACCUGUAAAGUCACUGAAAUAGAGAUGCAGAGGUAUCUGGUGCUCUGUAUGGCCCUGCUGGCCCAGGUCUCUGCUGAUGACUGCCCAGGCGGAGAGGUGUGUGAGGAGGGCAACACCUGCUGCAAGGGCCCCUCCGAUGGCUAUGAAUGUUGCCCAGUGUAUCAGGCUGAGUGCUGUGAGGAUCAUAUCCACUGCUGCCCUGAGGGAACACUCUGCGUUGUGAAUGAGUCCAUGUGUGUGAAUGGAACUGUCUCCCUACCAUGGGUGGAGAGAAUCUCUGCUAAACAGUCCAUAUAUCCUAAAUCUUUCAGAAUGAUCAGUGCAUAUGCCGGGGAUGAGGAUGAUAACAUCUGCCCUGACAAGUCCCACUGCCCUGAAGAGUUCUCCUGUCUGAAGGCCACUACAGGCUAUGGUUGCUGUCCUGUUGCUCAUGCUGUGCCUUGCUCUGAUGGGAAACAUUGCUGUCCUGAAGGCCACCAGUGCAGCACAGACUGCAGCUCCUGCAUCAAACAGACAGAGCCUGUUGUUGCAGUGAUGUGCAGUGACAGAGAAUCUGAGUGCCCAGUGGGAACCACAUGCUGUGAGACUCCAGAUGGGAGUUGGGGGUGCUGCCCCAUGUCCAAGGCCGUGUGCUGUGAGGAUAAGAUUCACUGUUGUCCUGAGGGCAGCACCUGUGACAUCAAGCAAUCCAAGUGUAUAUCCACUACCAACAAGGAAAUGCCCAUGUGGGCUAAGUUCCCUGCUCGCAAGAGGGCAGAGUGGGAAAACCAGAAUGACGUUCCCUGUGAUGAGACAACGGCCUGUUUGGAUGGAACCACAUGUUGUAAAACACAGGAAGGAGGAUGGGCAUGCUGUCCUCUGCCACAGGCAGUUUGCUGCAGUGACUUCGUCCACUGCUGCCCACAUGGUAAGAAGUGCAACCUGGCUGCCCAGACGUGUGACGACCCCUCAGGCUCCCCCUCUGAACCCUGGCUGAAGAAGGUUCCUGCUGUGCCUCGGGAGGGUAAAUUGCCAGGAGAUGUUACCUGUGACCCCACCCACGUGUGUCCCGACAACACCACCUGCUGCAAGACAGUGUCAGAAGGCUGGGCCUGCUGCCCCUUGCCUGAGGCUGUUUGCUGUGAGGACCAUGAGCACUGCUGUCCCCAUGGCACCACCUGUGACCUGGCUGGCCUCACCUGUGAUGGUCCCUCAGGGUCGGAGCCCAUAGUGGGGAAGGUGCCAGCUCUCACAACCCUGGCUUCUGAUCAUGAAGAGGCAGCCACAGACCAGCAAGGGGUGCAGAUGGAUGACAUGGAGCUGCCUACAGAGGAUGACAAAGACGUUCCCUGUGAUGAGUCAACGGCCUGUUUGGAUGGAACCACAUGUUGUAAAACACAGGAAGGAGGAUGGGCAUGCUGUCCUCUGCCACAGGCAGUUUGCUGCAGUGACUUCGUCCACUGCUGCCCACAUGGUAAGAAGUGCAACCUGGCUGCCCAGACGUGUGACGACCCCUCAGGCUCCCCCUCUGAACCCUGGCUGAAGAAGGUUCCUGCCGUGCCUCGGGAGGGUAAAUUGCCAGGAGAUGUUACCUGUGACCCCACCCACGUGUGUCCCGACAACACCACCUGCUGCAAGACAGUGUCAGAAGGCUGGGCCUGCUGCCCCUUGCCUGAGGCUGUUUGCUGUGAGGACCAUGAGCACUGCUGUCCCCAUGGCACCACCUGUGACCUGGCUGGCCUCACCUGUGAUGGUCCCUCAGGGUCGGAGCCCAUAGUGGGGAAGGUGCCAGCUCUCACAACCCUGGCAUCUGAUCAUGAAGAGGCAGCCACAGACCAGCAAGGGGUGCAGAUGGAUGACAUGGAGCUGCCUACAGAGGAUGACAAAGACGUUCCCUGUGAUGAGUCAACGGCCUGUUUGGAUGGAACCACAUGUUGUAAAACACAGGAAGGAGGAUGGGCAUGCUGUCCUCUGCCACAGGCAGUUUGCUGCAGUGACUUCGUCCACUGCUGCCCACAUGGUAAGAAGUGCAACCUGGCUGCCCAGACGUGUGACGACCCCUCAGGCUCCCCCUCUGAACCCUGGCUGAAGAAGGUUCCUGCCGUGCCUCGGGAGGGUAAAUUGCCAGGAGAUGUUACCUGUGACCCCACCCACGUGUGUCCCGACAACACCACCUGCUGCAAGACAGUGUCAGAAGGCUGGGCCUGCUGCCCCUUGCCUGAGGCUGUUUGCUGUGAGGACCAUGAGCACUGUUGCCCCCAUGGCAGCACCUGUGACCUGGCUACCCUCACCUGUGAUGGUCCCUCAGGGCCAGAGCCAAUGGUGGUGAAGGUGUCCACCCUCACAACCCAGGCACCUGAUCAUGAGGAGGCACCCGCAGACCACCAGGGGGUGCAGAUGGAUGACAUGGAGCUGCCUACAGAGGAUGAUGACAGUGAGGAAGACGAGGAGUUGCACAGGACACAGUGUGACGCCCACACCAGCUGCCCAAAGGCCGCCACCUGCUGCUUUAUGAAGUCCACCCAGAAAUGGGGCUGCUGCCCACUGCCACAGGCAGUGUGCUGUGCUGAUGGAGAGCACUGCUGUCCCAAAGACUACAUAUGUGAUAUGAGCAAGACUUCCUGCUCUAAGGGUGGAGUGGUGAUCCCAUGGUACAACAAGCUGGCAGCUGAGCCAGAUGACAGUGCCCUCACUGCCCCCCUCUCUGUGAAGUGUGACACCCAGAACAGAUGCCCUGAAGGCUCCAGCUGCUGCCAACUUUCCACAGGACAGUGGGGCUGCUGCCCCCUGCGCAAGGCUGUGUGCUGUGCAGAUGAGGAGCACUGCUGUCCACAGGGCUACAGCUGUAACAUGGGCUCAGGGACUUGCCAAAAGCGAAUGUUUCUUCAGUUCCAGACGGUACCCCUAACUCGGGUGUCUGCGCCUGAGCCCCCGACCCCACAGGAGAAGGAAAUCCACUGUGGGGGGCCGUUUGUCUGCAAUAAUGAGGAGACAUGCUGCAAGGUCUCCGCCACUACAUGGGCCUGCUGUCCCGUUCCAAAUGCGGUGUGCUGCAGUGACAUGAAGCACUGCUGCACUACAGGCUACACCUGUGGUGAGGGAGGGUCCUGCACCCAGUCCACUGGCUUCAAAUGGGACCACUGGCAGGUGUUCUUCUCCAACAAGAAGAGAGCCCUGCGUGUGUGACAACAUUGGGCUAGACCCAUCACUCCAACCGUUGGUAGGCCCACACUCCACCACUAGACGCAUUGCACUAAUGAAGGGACGCAGGAGCUUAAUAUCACUGUUACAGUAUAUCAAAUUGUGUUUUUUACAGAGGACAAAUUGUGUGUGUGUAUAUAUAUAUAUAGGAAAGGGAAGUGAAAAUAAGUAACAUUUUGCGCCAUUGGUAGGUGCUUGGAAUGUUAUUACAUUUACUUCAAGAGAUACCCAUGCUUGCUCAUAAACAGAAACUAUCAAGGAUUUGAAAUCACUCCAAAAAUUAGAUGCCAAUGUUGAACAAUCUUUUAGGGUUGUGGCUCAGGGAAGGAUUGGAAUGUGAUAAAACUAGUUGUAAGAUACUAUCAAGAUUGACACAGAGGAGCAUAUAAAUGACAAGAACUUAGUACUGUUUUACAAUGUUUGUUACCUUUUAAACAGGAAAAGUGUUGUGUUUUUUAGUUGAUCAUGUGAAGUGCAUUGUGCCUCAUAGUUUCAGGUAUACUUUUGAAAUGCCAUAUGUAGGCCAUCAUUGUAAAUAAGAAUUUGUUCUUAACUGAUUUGUCUAGUUAAAUAAAGGUUCAAUAAAAUAAAUAUGCCACCCUGUGGCUGAACUGAUACUGUCUACUUGGGAAAACUUGAAAUAAAUAUAUAUAUAUAUAAAUAAAUAAAGGUUAAAAAUAUAUAUAUAACUAGGAAAGUCAGUUAAAAACAAAUUCUUAUUUUCAAUGACGGCCUAGGAACAGUGGGUUUACUGCCUUGUCCAGGGGCAGAACGAGAGAUUUUUACCUUGUCAACUCAGGGAUUCGGUCUUGCAACCUUUCGGUUACUAGUCCAACGCUUUAGCCACUAAGCUACCUGCCGCCCCACAUACCCUCCAACGCUCUAACCACUAGGCUACCUGCCACCCAUAUGCCCUCCAACGCUCUAACCACUAGGCUACCUGCCGCCCCACAUACCCUCCAACGCUCUAGCCACUAAGCUACCUGCCGCCCCACAUACCCUCCAACGCUCUAACCACUAGGCUACCUGCCACCCAUAUGCCCUCCAACGCUCUAACCACUAGGCUACCUGCCACCCCACAUACCCUCCAACGCUCUAGCCACUAAGCUACCUGCCGCCCCACAUACCCUCCAACGCUCUAGCCACUAGGCUACCUGCCGCCCCACAUACCCUCCAACGCUCUAACCACUAGGCUACCUGCCGCCCCAUAUGCCCUCCGUCUUGUUGCUACCACGUUUUAAGUAAGAGAUGGAUUAUCCCACUUCCUUGUGUUUUAGAAAUGAUGCCAUUUUAAAUAGUCCGUAAUGAUUCUGGCUGUUGCUACCAAAGGGAAUUAAUUUGCUGUAAAAUGUGAUUAAAAAAAUAAAAGUAAUUGCCAAACUAAUUGUACACUA